CCACGGAUCUUGGUAUAAAAUGCGAGAGGUUUGCAGCGUGAGGUUAAAGGCUGGCGUCGCAUUUCGAGUUUGCGGCACGAUGGCAGAGUCCAAGUCGGAAGGGAUCCCGUACAUUGGGUCCCGCAUUAGCUUGAUCUCCAAGACAGAUAUCCGCUAUGAAGGCCUCCUCUUCAACAUUGACACGCGCCAGAGCAUGGUCGCGCUCCAGAACGUGCGCUCCUUCGGCACGGAAGGGCGCCGGCCCGACCACAUCCCGCCGUCGGACACGGUCCUGCAGUACGCUACAUUCAAGGCGUCCGAGAUCAAGGAUCUCCAUGUAUGCGAAGCAGCAGCGCCGCCGCCGCCGCCUAUGAUGCCGCCCCACGCCAUGCCGCCGGCCCCUGCCAUGCACUACCAGCCGCCGCCGCCCCUUCCGCGACAGCCCGAAGUCGCGCAGCCCACGGCUGCUCGCCCGACGUCGCCAACGAACGCUUAUGCAGCUCCGACCAUCUCCUCGACCCUCCUCACCCCGGGUGCCAUGUCGACGGCUUACUCGGUUGCGGCCCAACAGGUCCAGCAACAGCAGCAGAAGCAGCACCAACAGCAGCACGCGCCCUCCCCGCGACAGCCCGAACGUCAGGACCAAGGUGCUCAGAACGGUGGCAACCGUACGAUCCCUGGUAUGGGCGGCCAUCUCUUGAAGCGCAAGGAGCGUCGCGUUGGCGCCGACACGGGCAUGACGGACAGCGAGAUUGCGGCCGAGUUUGACUUUGCCGUCGGCCUCACGGAUUUCAACAAGGAAGACGAGUACAGCAAGAUGAGCAUGACGAACGCGGAGGCUGUGCGCCCCGUCAUCAAGGGCUCGUACCAAAAGUCGUCGUUCUUUGACACGAUCUCGUGCGACGCACUCGACCGACUGGAAGGCGUCAACGGCCGCCUCCGCGCCCACGAAGAGCGCAAGCUCAACACGGAGACGUUUGGUGCCGUCGGCCUCAACAACCGCCGCGGCUACCGUGGCAACCGCAACAACGGCAACGGCAACGGCAACGGCAACGGCGGGGGCAACCGGAACCGCAACGGAGGCAACGGCUACCCCACCGACCCGCGCAACUACGGCACCAGCAACGGCAACAGCAACGGCAGUGGCAACCGCGAUGGCAAUCGCGAUGGUAACGGCAACAGUAACCGGAACCGGAACCGCAACAACGGCGGCACCGGCGGCAACGGCAGCACCGGCGGCAACGGCCGGGGACGCAACCAGAACAACGGCGGUCGUCAGCCCAUGUACCAGCCCCGCGACCAGCAAGCAUGAAGGAAUCGCAUAGAAGCAGCCAACCAGAAGCGAUACGUAUGACUAAUACAACGUGUUGCUCUGGCUCACAUGACUCUGCUCUCGUGCGACGCUGGAAACCCAA